AUGGCAGCAAGCGGGGGCCCUGAUACGCUCUAUCAGUUGCAAGGACACGUUGCAAACUACGGCAACUGGAGUUUUGACAUCUAUGAUGAAUCGCCGAGGAAGAUACAGAUGUUUCACGUUCCUCCUGAAUGGGCGGCGAGCAACUUCGGCCUUGGGGUCCGUCGAGUGGACGAGAUCUCACUAAGUAUCUUCGAUGCCUCCUCCUCCUCCUCCCGCGUCGUCGCCUUCAGUCGCUCCAGCCCAGCGUCAGUGGCGUUCCAGUGCGAUGGAGGAAGCAACUACCAGGGGCUAGUGACGCUCAUCCUCAACAGCGGCGUCUCUUCCUUCCGGCAGCGAACUCUGUACGGAUGCUUUGAGCAGGCUCUGGGAACGAUCCCGUCGAAGCCAUGA